UGCCCGUCUUGCGUGUGCGUGUGCGUGUGCUCAGCCUCAGCGUGAGGGGCACCUGCUCGUCUGGCUCACAGCGGAGGCAGCCUCGCCGUGAGCUGCCGCCGCCGCCGCCGCCGGUGCCGCCGCUCUCCGGCGCCGGGCUCCCCGCCGCCGCCGCCGUCUCGCCAGCCGGAGUUGGGCUCCGUGGGGCUCCCCUUCGCAGCCUAGGUCCUUCCCCGCUGCCUGCAAGUCAGCCUGGCUCCGAGUCACGUGUCAGUGCCUGAGGCAGAGCCUGAGAGAAAAAACGCGCUCCAUUCCUUCUUCCACCGCCAUACUGUAUUUUACACUAAAUCUCAUUUUUAUUCCAACAUUUUACUCCCGCUCGGUGAGUACCUUCUCAGUGUGGCAUUCUUGUCCUAUUCUUUUUUUAUUUUUGUCCUUUUUUUUUGUUUUUUCUUCUUUUUUUUCCACCUCUUUGAUUAUUGUUUAUAUUUGGGAAAGCUGGAGGAGCAUGGUUUUGAGCCUUUUCCUGAAUCCAAGUUUUUCUAGCAUGCGAUGGUUCUGUAGACAAGGCGCUGUGUCUGGGAGUCCGCGGCGGCCGUGCCCGCUGGGAGCGACUCCCAAGUCCAGCAAAAUAUGCAACUGGUUUUAUCGAAAAAGCAAUGUGAAGUAUGGUGCCUAAUUUUUUCCUUUGUAAAAAUAAAAAGCAUGUUUCUAACUCUUUUUUUUGCAUACUCUUUUUCUGAUAACAUUUUUGUAUAGGUGGGAUUUUACGGCAGUGUUUACAAGUUUGUGGUCUUGCAAUACUGGUGCUAACCACUGAGCAAAGACAUUAAUUUUAUAUUUUUUUUGUGCCCUUUUUGGAAGCCGGUAACAAGAAAUUCGUUUUUUCCCCUACUGUUUUUGAUACCAUUGAUAACAUCAAACUUUUCUUGCAGCUGGUUACUGGGAUCAUUUUUAAGCAAAAUACUUUUUUCCUCCUUUAACUAUGACUUUUGCACAUUUGACUUUUUUUAAAAAACCGAGAUAAUUUUACGAUAGAUAUCCUGAUAUCUAUAUAUCUAUAUUAUCCCUUCUUCCUCCCCUUCUCCUCCCCGUAAAUCAAUUUUCAAAUGAUGGCAGUGGAAGGUUUUUCUGGAAAAAAAAAAUGAAGUGCGGUUUGGUUUCCUUGUCAACGGAGGAUGAAGUGAACAGCUGAGCAGCUCGCAGAGAGCAGGGUUAAAACGAGGUGAGCCAACCAUGACUGGCAAAACACAGACCAGCAACGUCACCAAUAAGAACGACCCCAAGUCCAUCAACUCUCGUGUUUUCAUCGGCAACCUAAAUACAGCCAUUGUCAAGAAAGUUGACAUUGAAGCCAUUUUCUCAAAGUAUGGAAAAAUCGUUGGAUGCUCAGUGCACAAAGGUUAUGCAUUUGUACAGUACAUGAGUGAACGACACGCCAGAGCUGCAGUUGCUGGAGAAAAUGCCAGGAUCAUAGCAGGCCAACCACUUGAUAUCAACAUGGCAGGGGAACCCAAACCAUACAGACCAAAACCUGGAAACAAGAGGCCCCUUUCAGCACUUUAUAGACUUGAAUCAAAGGAGCCUUUCCUGUCUGUUGGUGGUUAUGUCUUUGACUAUGAUUACUACAGAGACGAUUUCUACAAUCGGUUAUUUGAUUACCAUGGGCGCGUGCCUCCACCUCCCCGUGCUGUAAUUCCACUGAAGCGCCCCAGAGUGGCUGUAACAACGACUCGCAGAGGGAAAGGAGUCUUUUCCAUGAAAGGGGGAUCAAGAUCUACCGUCAGUGGGUCCUCGUCAUCGGGCUCUAAAUUGAAAUCAGAUGAGUUACAGACAAUCAAGAAAGAAUUAACCCAGAUCAAAACUAAAAUUGACUCCUUGCUAGGGCGCCUGGAGAAGAUUGAGAAGCAGCAGAAGGCAGAGGCAGAAGCUCAGAAGAAGCAAUUGGAAGAGCGUAUAGAGCUGAUCCAAGACGAAUGUGUGUCAGAGAAUGCGGAUCACUCUACAGAGGAGCCUGCUGAAGGAGGACCAGAUGCGGAUGGAGAAGAGAUGACUGAUGGGAUAGAGGAGGACUUCGAUGAAGAUGGGGGUCAUGAGCUGUUUCUACAGAUAAAGUGAUUUGAAGUAAUGUGUGAACACCGUAAAAGCAGAGAAGAGAAACUGUGACAACCCCCGGAGAUGUGAAAAGAGGCUUCUUACUGGAUAGCAACAUCUUUGGUUCAAUUUAUAUAAAAACCCAAACAAAUCAAAUGGACAGUACUGUUCAAUUUUAGAAAUUCUAUCUCUUCUCUGUUCUAAGCUGUACAAUUGUCAGGUUUUUAUGGUUUAGAUUGUAAAUGUGUUUUUCCCUGGAUAAUUAUGUUUGUUUUGAUUUGUUUUAAAGUCUUAAAAGUCAUAAAAUGUGAAGGACAUUUAUGAAUGAUAAGGGAGACACUGUAUACAAAUGUAUAUUUGUAAAAGCUAUUUUUAUGAUUAGCAUGUUUUACUGUUGAUCAUCUAUAAAGUCAAGUGAUAUUACAAUUCUACAUUUAAAGCUUAUCUCCAACAUUCGUGUAAGAAAAGAUACAUCAUAUGCUAGUUUUUAUAAUUUAUUUUUAAUUUAUAGUUCAAAAUAAUUCAUAUGGAUAAAAUACUUGAAAAGUUAUAUUUCUGCUCUGUGUAAGCACCAUUUCUAUUAAUGAAGAAUGCAAAUAUUUGAGAUGUCAUACAAUAGUUAAAGGACUGUUGCUUUGACCUGUGACUAAGUUGAGCAUGCUCCACUCUACUGAACUGAAAUGACCUAAUUAUUACCUAAUAUUUCAAACCAGGUUAUGAGAUCCCAUGGAGAGAUUUCAGUGCUCGUAUAGGUGAGAACUAGGAUGGCAAGGAAAAGAUUAUCUUUUCUUUGGAUCCAGAAGUUUAAAUUAGUACAUAAGUCACUGCGUUUCAUCUCCUAUUACUAGGAAUUCUCCAUGCCCAAACAUUCCAAGUGUUUUCCAGACGCUGUUAGUUGUUGUCUUGUGCUGUGGAAAUGGAAGAAACCAUCUUCACAGACUGUAGGAGAAUUCAACAUAUAAUUUCUUAAUAAAUACUGUUUCUUUUAAAACAAA